CUUGUAUGUGUACCAGCGCCUAGUAUAUGCCGAUUUGUUGCAUCGUUGGGCAGGAGUUCUGUAAGAAGGAAUGUCAGCUUUUACAUAACGUUCUUUUUGCUUUUGACACUGUGAGGGGCUGUAAGGGUCCAUCUUUGUGAUCACAGAUGGAGUGGAAUGGCUUGAAAAUGAUAAUUAGCACCAUGGAGCCUCAGGUGUCCAAUGGCCCUACAUCCAAUACAACAAAUGGACCUGCCAGCAACAGUAGGAACUGCCCUUCCCCUAUGCAGACAGGGGCUGCUACAGACGACAGCAAAACCAACCUCAUAGUCAACUACUUACCCCAGAACAUGACCCAGGAAGAGUUCAGGAGCCUUUUUGGGAGCAUUGGUGAAAUAGAGUCCUGCAAGCUUGUAAGAGACAAAAUUACAGGGCAGAGUUUAGGGUAUGGAUUUGUUAACUAUAUUGAUCCAAAGGAUGCAGAGAAAGCCAUUAACACUUUAAAUGGACUCAGACUCCAGACCAAAACCAUAAAGGUUUCCUAUGCCCGUCCAAGUUCGGCAUCAAUCAGAGAUGCUAACCUUUAUGUCAGCGGCCUUCCAAAAACGAUGACCCAGAAAGAGCUAGAGCAGCUUUUCUCGCAAUAUGGGCGCAUCAUCACCUCACGAAUUCUGGUUGAUCAAGUCACAGGUGUUUCUCGAGGCGUGGGAUUUAUCCGUUUUGAUAAGAGGAUAGAAGCAGAAGAAGCCAUAAAGGGACUUAAUGGCCAGAAACCUAGUGGUGCUACAGAACCGAUUACUGUGAAGUUUGCUAACAAUCCCAGUCAGAAAACAAGCCAAGCUCUCCUUUCCCAAUUGUACCAGUCUCCCAACAGACGUUACCCUGGACCUCUCCACCACCAGGCUCAGAGAUUCAGACUGGACAAUUUGCUUAAUAUGGCCUAUGGAGUAAAGAGGUUUUCCCCAAUCACAAUUGAUGGGAUGACCAGCCUUGUGGGAAUGAAUAUUCCUGGCCAUACUGGGACUGGAUGGUGCAUCUUUGUCUACAACUUAUCACCUGAUUCGGAUGAAAGUGUGCUGUGGCAGCUGUUUGGCCCCUUUGGAGCAGUCAACAAUGUCAAGGUGAUCCGUGAUUUCAACACCAACAAGUGCAAGGGAUUUGGCUUUGUCACCAUGACCAACUACGAUGAAGCUGCCAUGGCAAUUGCCAGCCUUAAUGGAUACCGCUUAGGAGACAGAGUAUUGCAAGUUUCCUUUAAAACCAACAAAACCCAUAAAUCCUGAAUUUCAUAUCCUUAAUAAUAAUUAUUAUAAAUAUAUAUAUAUAUAUAAAAAUAUAUAUACGAACAAAAAAAAACUCUUGAAGGCUUAUACUCAACCAUGGACUUUUAUAAGCCAGUGUUGCCUAAGUAUUAAAACAUUGGAUAUCCUGUGAACAGGAAAGGAUUUUAUAAUGCUUAGAAAAAAAAACCUUUGAUGCAUUGAAUGUUCUUUCAUAGCUGUCGUUGUUGAAUAUAAUAUACAUAGAUAACAAUGUGCAGGGAUUUUUACCCGGCCAGCUAGUUUUACUACCUUCCUUGAAGGUGGGUCUUUUUAAGACGACCAUUCACUCAUUUGAAAAAAGAUUGAAAACCUAAAACCAUUUUUACAAACUAAUGGGAAUAGCAGAUUUUGGUCUUUUUUCCCAAAAUGUUUAAUCCAAUCAGAUUGGUAAACCCCCAGCAUAAAUUAAAGAGGAACAAAAAAUGCAAAACAAAAAGCA